AUGGAUAAGAAGGGGAGCAAACCGGGUUUAGGUCAGGCCCAAAGUCUAUGCACUACACAGCAUAAUAAAAAACGCCUCCCGGCGCACGUUAGCAUACAUCCCCGUUGUUUCUGGGUCCUUCCCUCGUUUCCCUACGCCCUUUCGGCCUUUUAUCUUUCCCACCUGCACACCGAAUCAACAAUUUCUCAACGCAUCCCUCCGUCGUCGCGCCUUCUACGUGCAUAUAUUCGCAUUAGCCGUUUCUCCAGAUCUGAAAUCCCUCGGAUUUGCUCUCUUCGCAUCUGCGCUCGAUUUCGCCUUUUCCGAUCGUUUUGACUGAUUCCCCAGCUUUUUCAGCAUCGAUUCAGGCUUUCUGUGUACAAUUUGUAAUCACAUUGAAUGAUUCAACCAGCUAUGUCGAGAUAUGCCAGUGAUGAAUAUGAGGAUUUGGAUGAGUAUGAAGAGGAUGGUGAAGAUGAGGAAGGGGGCUAUGAAGAGGAGGAGGAGUGUGAGCAGGAAGAAACACAUGAGCCUUCAAUGGAGGAGUUGGAAUAUUUGGAACUAAGGCAAAAACUGAAAGAAAGAUUUAGAAAGAAGAUGAAGAAAGAGAUGGGAACUGGAAGUGCUUCCAGUUCCCGUAAUAUCAAGAGUUCUUCAUCCAAGGAUAAUUUUGGUUCCUUCUUUGGACCAUCACAGCCAGUUAUAGCUCAAAGAGUAAUUCAAGAAAGCAAGUCCUUAUUGGAGAACCCUGAUUUGGCAGAUAAAGUUAUGAGGAAAAAUAUUGCUAGUGGUAAUAAGGUUCAUGCCUCGAACUCUGCGAGACCAAAGUCCAGUACCAGUAACCAUGCACCAAAAGUUUCCAAUGGGGUUAAAACAAAAAUCCAGAUGCUAAAAAACACAAGGGAUUAUUCCUUUUUGUUAUCUGAUGAUGCGGAUGUUCCUGCUCCUUCAAAAGCUUCUUUGCCUCAAAAAAGCUCUGCUCCCAAUGCUGAUUCACGGCCAGCACAAUUUGUACCUAGGGAGAGGAACCCCUCUAGCAGCAGUACAGGGAGAAAACUUCCUAACAGUCAUGAUGGCAGGAAGCCUCUUCCUGGUGGGGUUAGCCAAAUGAAACCUAAAGCUGCGAUUCAGAAAAAUGUUUCUGUCAGUAAACAAAGUCAGCCAGCAAGAGAACCUAAGAAAGAACCUAUUAGAAGUAAUGGGAGUGUUCGGGGUCAGCCUAUGGCAUCAAAAAAUCAUCCUUUGAAGUCUUCAACAGGUAUGAAUGAGAGGAAGUCUUCAACAUUGGAUGUAAAGAGACCCAUGCCUAACUUGCCUAGGCCAAACCCUUCAAAACAGCAACCUUCCAUUUCAAAACAAGCCUUGGUACAGAAAAAGAUGCCUCAACAAUCUAGCAAGCCAAAAAUGAUUCAGAAACAAGCUAUGCCAUCCUCAAGACCUCCGGUGGCAAUGCAGAAACAUGCAGUGCCCUCCUCUAAACCUCAGGUAGUGAUGCAGAAACGAGUGGUUCCAUCUUCUAGACCCCCCCAGAUUAAGCAGCCACCGCCUGUGAAAAAUCCAGCACAGCGCCCGGCAAAGAGACCUAUGAAGAGAUGGGAUGAUGAAGAAGAAGAUGGAGCAGCAGCUAUUAGUAUGAUUAGACAGAUGUUUGGGUAUAAUCCCAAUAGGUACCGCGAUGAUGAUGAUGUUAGUGAUAUGGAGGCUGGUUUUGAUGACAUACUGAAGGAGGAAAGACGGAGUGCCAAGAUUGCGAGGGAGGAGGAUGAAGAAGAGCUACGUAAGAUAGAAGAAGAGGAAAGAAGGGAACAAAUGCGAAGACAGGCAAAGAAACGCAAGAUUGAACGAUGACCAGUAAUAAUGAAUAAUAAUAUUUUUGCCUUGCCUGGGAGAUUUUCGUUCAGAAAACCGACCUUGAUGUUUGCUGCUACUGCUAUGCUAUGUAUCUCUCAGACUUGAGUUGCCCAGUUGUGCAGAGAGAAGGAGGGGGGGUAUAUAGUGAGAGAGAGGGGGGAGGAGUGUAGCAAAAGGAUGAAAGAACAUAUAGCAAAAGAUGAAAAGAAGAUAUGUGUUCUUGAGGGUAAUGGGUUGUUGGUUGAUGUGGGUUGUGGGGGGCCUCCAACAGGCAUACCUUAGCUUAUUUUUUUUAGUCAGUAGGGGAAAUUAAAAUUUAAUUUUAUUUGAUGAUGACAAUUGAAUUGGAAUAAUAGCAGCUUCCCUUACUUGCUACUGGACCCCAUUUCUCAGGGUGGUUUUAACUAACUUCUUGGACACUCAAGUUGUGUAUAGUGUAGUGUUUGGAAUUUGGGAAUCUUGUCUUUGAUUUUAUGGUGAAGCAAGAAUUUCUGAUGA